AUGCGCGUCGCGUGUGACAAGGCUUCAACUUUCAAUUCAAGCCGCGGCUUUGAUAAUCCACGUAGACGAUUCGGGGAAGGAGGGAGGUCAACAUUCGCAUCCUGCAUGUCCAACUUUCAACGCGCCGGCGAACGCCUCGCCGUGCGCGAUGGGCAAGCGGCGGCGGUGGAGACUGGAGAGGAGGAGAGGAGAGUGGCUUCACGGAAGCGACAACCUAACCAUGAGGGGCCCUGGGCUGCUCCUACCUGCCUCUGCCUGCCCCACGAAAGAGAAGCUGAUUGGUGUGAUGAGAACACUAGAAUAGUGUGUGAGCUUUUUGCAGACGAAGUGGAAAAAGGAAAUCGUGAUACAACUCAUUUGAGUAACAAGAAAAUAAAGGGUUAUACCGGAUUAAAAAAUAGAGGCAUUCAGAAUGAGGAACAAUUGGAAAUUAUGUUUGAAGAUAUUCGUAACACCGGUGAUGACCAUUGGUGUGCCUCUAGUGGUGUAGCACCUUCCCAGUUCAGCUCGCCACCAUCUCCCAUUCCUGUUGAUGAUGAAGAUGAAGCCGUGAACGAAGAGAAUGAUAGUGAGCCGGAGGAGGUAACACCUACAAGUGGGAAAGGGAAGAGAGGUAAAGGGGCUGAUAACAACAAAGAAAAGAAACCGAAGACAAGUACUGGGCAAUGGUUUCAUGAACAGAUGGGUAAGAUUGUGGAGACGAAUGAGAGAACAACCGCUUCUUGUGAGUCAAUUGCAAGGAGGGAGGAUAAAUCUGGUUGCUCCAUUAAGGAUGUCAUGGCUUUGGUUAAGGAAUGUGGUGCUGUUCCAUCGACAAAUGAGCAUUUCAUAGCAUCUAUUGUUUUUACCAAAAGGGCUGAACGAGAGAUGUUCAUGACCUUGGAAACUCAUGAAGAGAGAUUUGAAUGGUUGACAAGGAAGCAUGAGUGGAUGACAAGAAAUGAUGUGUCUAAGUAGAAAGCAUUGCUACUGCUCUCUUUGUGGCAUCACCAAUGUAUCCUUCGAAUUUGAUCUCUUUGUGGUUCAUUUGACAUGUUGUCUAUCUGUUGGUUUGUAUGGUACAAUUUUAAUGGGU